AUGGCAGCGGCAGCUCUCCUGCCUUGGUGCCUCCAGUUGAGGCUGCGGCGGCUGCUGCUGCUUUUGCUUUGGGCUGGUCCUGUGUGGCUGGACAGUAAGGUGUUCAGUGACCUGGACCAAGUGCGGAUGACCUCAGAGGGCUCUGACUGCCGCUGCAAAUGCAUCAUGCGCCCGCUGAGCAAGGAUGCGUGCAGCCGGGUGCGAAGCGGACGCGCAAGAGUAGAGGACUUCUACACAGUGGAGACGCUGAGUUCAGGGGUCGACUGCCGGUGCUCCUGCACCGCCCCGCCCUCCUCACUCAACCCCUGUGAGAACGAGUGGAAGAUGGAGAAACUGAAGAAGCAGGCACCUGAGCUCCUCAAGCUGCAAUCUAUGGUGGAUCUUCUGGAGGGUGCCCUGUACAGCAUGGAUCUGAUGAAAGUACAUGCCUACAUCCACAAGCUGACCUCCCAGAUGAACACGCUGGAGGAGAGCAUCAAGGCCAACCUGAGCCGGGAGAAUGAGGUGGUGAAAGACAGUGUGCGUCACCUCAGCGAGCAACUGAAGAGCUAUGAGAACCAGUCAGCCAUCAUGAUGAGCAUCAAGAAGGAACUGUCCAGCCUGGGCCUCCAGCUGUUGCAGAGGGACGCGGCUGUUGUCCCUGACACCGCCCCAGCCUCAGUCCCUGACAGCAAAGCUCAGGAUACCGCUGGAGGCCAAGGCAAUGAUCUCAACAAAUAUGGCAGCAUACAGAAGAGCUUCGCAGACAAGAGCCUUGCAAAGCCUUCCAAGGAGAAGCUGCUGAAGGUGGAGAAGCUGAGAAAGGAGAGCAUCAAGGGCAGAGCACCCCACCCCACAGCCAGGCCCCGUGCGCUGGCCCAGCAGCAGGCAGUGAUCCGAGGCUUCACCUACUACAAGGCAGGCAGACAGGAGGCCAGACAGGAAGCACCCAAGGCCGUGGCUGAUAACACCCUCAAGGGUACUUCCUGGCUGGAGAAGCUUCCACCCAAGACGGAGGCCAAGCUUCCAGAGCCUAACUUCACCAAACAUGAUGAAGUCAGGCUGGAGGCUUCAGAAGGAGCCAACUUGACCCCUGACAGCUUCACCACCACCACCGCCACCACCACCACCACCACUACCACCACCACCGCAACCACCACUACCCCAACCCCGAUCACCACUCCCUGGCCCACUGAGCCACCUCUGCAUCCAGAAGUCCCUAGUCGAGGUAGGGAGGACAGCUGUGAGGGCACCCUCCGAGCUGUGGACCCUCCUGUCAAGCACCACAGUUAUGGGCGCCAUGAGGGCGCCUGGAUGAAGGACCCUGCAGCUCCAGAUGACAGGAUCUACGUCACCAACUACUACUAUGGAAACAGCCUGGUGGAGUUUCGAAACCUGGAAAAUUUUAAACAAGGCAGGUGGAGUAAUAUGUACAAGCUGCCCUACAACUGGAUAGGCACAGGCCACGUUGUAUACCAGGGGGCCUUCUACUACAACCGCGCCUUCACCAAGAAUAUCAUCAAGUAUGACCUGCGCCAACGCUUUGUGGCCUCCUGGGCCCUGCUGCCUGAUGUGGUCUAUGAGGACACCACGCCCUGGAAGUGGCGUGGCCACUCGGACAUUGAUUUUGCCGUGGACGAGAGCGGUCUGUGGGUCAUCUACCCAGCUGUGGAUGAGCAGGAUGAAACCCAGCACGAGGUGAUUGUGCUGAGCCGCCUGGACCCUGGAGACCUCUCUGUGCGCCGUGAGACCACGUGGAAGACACGGCUGCGGAGGAACUCCUACGGGAACUGCUUCCUGGUGUGCGGCAUUCUGUACACCGUGGACACUUACAACCAGCAGGAAGGCCAGGUGGCCUAUGCCUUCGACACCCACACAGGCACUGACGCCCACCCGCAGUUGCCCUUCCUCAAUGAAUACUCCUACACCACCCAGGUUGACUACAACCCCAAGGAGCGGGUGCUCUACGCCUGGGACAAUGGCCACCAGCUCACCUACACCCUCCAGUUUGUGGUCUGAGUGUUCACAAGGGAGAGCAGCAGAGGAGGGGCUGUCCCUAGCAACUCCUGUAACUGAUAUAAGUGUCAGUAGCUGGGGUGUCCUAGGCUAGGUGUUGGUAUUGAUGGCAGCCGGGACAGUACUUUCUCAGUGCCCAGCAGGUGACGCUCACUUCCGCUGCAGAAUGCUGUGCUGUGGACUUUUCCUCCACUUACCCUUUUGACUCUUUCCACUGCUUCCUUUGGAAGCAGAGGUUCCUUAAGUCCACUGGGCAGAUGAGGUGACUGUAGCCCAAAGGAGCGGCAGCCCAGCUGGAGCAGGUCAGGCUGUGUUCUCCCAAUAGCCACAUUUUACAGAUGAAAUGACCUCACCAAGUUCUUCCCACCCCCAGUUCCCUUCCCAGGGCUCCGCGAAGUUUAAGGUCUUUGGGAGCUCUGCCCUGGUAUUCGGCAGCUCCAGGCCCCUCUUCUGGUUGAAUGCUGGUAACCUUGAGCUUAGGGCCUCUUGAUCUAUGGUCAGCCCCUGUGUUCCCAUGCUCUUGUCUGUCCACAUUCCAGAAGCUCACCAUCACAGCCACUAAGCAGUAACCACACCCUGAAGCAAACACUGGCUGGGUCCAUGGCCCUCCCUCUGUGGCUACUUCUUGUUCCCCUGUUUCUUACACAUUUCUUAACAGCUGAGAAGGUAUAGGCAGCUCAGCUCUGGCAGGGUGGGGUGCUAGCCUGAGCUCCCCCCACCUCAACUUCUGAACCAGAAGCCCUCGCCCUUGGCCAUCCACCAGGCCCUGGCUCCUUCCUUAGUACUUCCCAAAGCCUUGGGCCUUGGGGUUCUUUCUGGGCCUUUAAAGCCAGUCUGUUCACACUCAGGGAUUGCAAAGAGUAAGGUCCUUGCCCCUGGAGAGGGUGGCACCAAGAUGGAACAGGCUCCCUCUUCUUUGCCCAUCCUGACCUGGUCACUCGGUGGGCUGAUUCGGCAGCCUGGGACUCUGAGGUAGACAAGACAGAGGGGUUCAGGAGAGGCUUUAGGCCUUCUCAGUUUGCAGGACAAAGACAGGAUGUAGAAGCAGGGAAGAACAGCCUAGGGUCUUGCCAGCAGGAUUUUCUUUAAUAUAGGACUUGUGAUUGUGGACUUACAAGUGAGCAUGUAUAAACUACCCUAAAAUGGGAUUCGGCAGCUUCCCUGGUGCUGCUUGUGGUUCCCAGAGCCCCCAAGACCCAGACAGCCCCGAGAACAAGACCUUUCAAGCCAGCCUGUGUCUGCUUUGGACAUUGUUUCUAAAGCUGCAGGAAAGGUUUUGUUGUGUUGUUAUUGUUUGUCCAUCUCCCUGUUUCUCCAAAGAAAGUCCAGAUCCCAGCAGUUCUAGGGUAUGGAGGAAAAGCCCUAAACCGGGAUAGCUCUGCCUGCAAAGAGCCCCAGCACAUUUGAGGAUGUCUACCACUGACCCCUAACCUGGACCCUGGGCCCUUCCUUGUGCCCUGUGCCCGCCUACUCCUAGGCUACCUGCCGUGGAAUACCAGUGCCUUGCUGUGGAAUCGCACUAUGCAGUGUGAGAUGGGGAGAUUUAGGUUCUGUGCAGGCUUCAUUUCUUCCAGACAUUGUCGGGUGAUGUUUUGCUUAAGGAAUAACGCACUCCUGAAAUAGAGAGGGACAGUGACACUCAGCCCAGCCAGGUCUGAGCUGACUCACAGUGGUAGCCAGGUCCAGCUUCCCCCACCCAGCUGACCACCAUGGGCUCCUUUUCCAGCCUCUUCACAAAACUUGGAGGCCCCGGCCUUUCCCUUGGCCCUGGGUGUGGGUCUUUUUAAGGCUGUGUGUUUUGUGAUGUCAUAGCCCAACCAUGUGAGAGGUGCUCAGGCAACUCUGCGGCAGCCUGAGAAGAGGGAACAUUAGGACACAUCGGUUUUGAAAAGUAAACACGUGGCAUAGUUUCCUGGGGUGGGACACAGGGCCUGCCAUAGUCCCCAGUCACUCUCCAUGUCCCUUCUGUCUUCAGUCCUUUGUGUGUUGUGUGGUAAAUAUGGUUCAUUUCCUCAUUUCUAGAUGGUCACACUGUAUCCCAAGUAAGUCAUUUGUCACAUAGGCUGGUAGUGGAAGAGCCAUGUUUCCAAGUCAGGUAACCUGUCAUGUUAUCUGAGAACCAUCAGUGUGCUGGACAUACUGUGGAAAGACUACAAAAGGGCCCGUUAACAGAUGAGGCCAAUGACAUGAGGAAUUUACCCAAGAUCACACAGCAGUAUGGUCAGUGCCAAGGCUAGGUGUUCAAGGCUGCUCAGAGUAUGUUUUCUGUCAUGCUGGUAGCAAGUUCCAAAAGUGCUGGUAGUUGUAGUCAUUCAAGAAGAGCCCCCUCCAAAAGGCUGGCUUCUACAGAAGCUUUGAAGCCCAGCCAAGGAGUGGACACAUGUAGCCUUGUCUAGAACAAAGCUGUAAAAACCACCAGAGCCAAGGAAAUUCUGACAUAGUUUCUAAUUGGAUUUUGUCCCGUCGGUGAUGAAAAGCAGGGAAGAGGUUUUUGUCGAGGAGCCUGAAUUUGCCAAUUUGUGAGCUCUGAAGGAAACCUGGCUCCUACCACCACACACACAAACACACACUCUCCCAGGCACCUUCCCACACUUCCACACCCCCACAUAUAUACAUUCACACACAUACCCUUACAUGCCACACAUACACAUGUGUGCACUCACACAUACUUUGGGUUGUGUUAUGCUGAGCAACAGGUACUCUUUAGGAUGAGGGGCCUAGACUGCAUAGAAAUGACCACUGACCUUUUUAUAAAGACAAAACAUCUUGUGUCUCUGGAUAACUCUAUAGGUGAAGGGGCUUUGGCUUCCUUCAUUGAUUCCUCUCCAGAGACUGCCAGGCCUUGAGUGGGGAUGGGGGUGCUAGGCAAGCGCUGGAUCACUGAGUCACCCCAGCUUCUCAGUUCUUGAAUCUAAUCUGCUUUCCUGGGUGAAAAGAAGGGGAAUGCUACCUUGGGGCAGCACAAAAGAUGGGGAAACUGGGGCCUCCUGUGGUGCAGUGGACGGCACUGUGUGUCAGAGUUCUGGGUACAGGGGAACUGGGAGCCCUUGUUAGUAUCCAGCCUGCCUCUUCCGUGCUGCCCUGCCCUCUCAGGCUGGGUGGGGGUGUUAGCUCCCUCCUAGAGCUGGGACCAAGGCUUAAUGAGGACAGGGGACUUCAGGAGACCCCCAGUACUAGCCAGAAUCAGAAGUCGCCUUGACCUGCAGUCUCUCUAAUCUACCCUGGAACCCCCAAGACUGCCAGUAUUUUUUCUCAUUAUAGAUUAUGAACCUCAAGUUCAGAGAAGUUGAGCCGUCUGCUCAGGGUCAGGUAUCUAGCAUAUAGAGGUGAGAUCCAAACUAGGUCUCUUUAAACCAAAGCCCCAACUGUUGUAAGUAGUCAUGUUUUUUUCUUGGUUUAGACCAAUAGGAAGUUCAAAGACAGGCUCGAGAUCAUUUUAAAUACUUGUAUGGAGUUUAACCAGCUUCAUUGUAGCUUUUUGCAUGCACCUUUACCCUGAUUUAUUUUUACUCUACUGUAUUUUAUCUAUUCUUAUAAGGUGCCACAAGAUCUUUUUGUAACAGGGUGGCAUAUACAUACAUAAAACCCAUCAUUACAGCUGGAUAUGAUGGCAUACAUCUUUGGUUCCUGCAUUUGAGAGGGAGAGGCAGGCAAAUUUCUGAGUUUGAGGACAGCCUGGUCUACAAAGCAAGUUCCAGGACAGCCAGAGCUACACAGAGAGACUUUGUCUCAAAAAUAAAAAAAAAAAAUAAAUGAAAGCUUGAUUCAAAAAUCUAGAGUACUGUGGACUACAACUGGGAAUAUAGCUCCAUGGCAGAGUACUUACUUAGCAUGUCUGAGGGUCUGGGUUUGAUUCCCGGCAUCAAACAUAAAUAAAUAAACAAAUAGUU